AUGCAUGGGAUCCUUCGAGAUGAGGGCAAGGAGUUUUACAUCCAAGAAGUGCCACAUGCAAAGGACGAAGCAGUGCUGGCUGCCCACAGUUUGCACCAGACUGACGAGCAGCAUGCACGGGAAUGGCACAGCGGGUUUGAGAUUGUGGAGCAAGCACUGCCUCCUGGGUUGACCAAAGUGGUGGCGCGGCGAGUGUUGUUCAUCGGCAAGGCUGUGCGCGUGCUCAAGCACACCACUACCAGCAGUGAACGAGCUGGGGAGAACAACCUCCCAAAGCUGGACACUCGGCAGUGGGCGGCUGCUCUGCGCGGCCUGAAGGCGAAAGCUUCCCUCGAGAGACUGGACUUUGAGCGUGUUGUCGAGAGGAUGCAUGCCCAGGCAGCGGAACAGCUGUGGCAGCUGGUGACGGUGCGCGCAGAGCUGCCCCAACACCUGGCAGCCCUGAAGCAGUACUCCCUGCUCUCGCGUGGCGACUUCUACCAGUGCUUCCUGCUCGAGAGCCGGCGCAUGCUGCAACUUCCACCACGGAUGACGACGGUGAACACCGAGCUUGGGAGGCUCUUUCAGCAUGCCGCACAGAACAGCAGCGCUGACAGUGAUUGCUUCUUCUCCAACGUCUGCAUUCGCUUUGCUGCGCCUGUACAUGGCUCAGACCAGGUGAUGCACAAGUACAACGCCCUGUUCAGACACCUGCUUCGCCUAAAGCGGGUCAGCAUGGAGCUCGAGACAGCGUGGGCUGCUCUGGGGCGCCAGCUGGCACGCCACGCUGGCGCCCAGCAUGCGCAGCAGCUGCUGUGCCAAGCGCGGCACAACAUGACCCACUUCAUCUCCAACCUGCAGAUCUACAUGCAGGUGGACGUGAUAGAGGCGCAAAGCUGUGAGCUGUCGAAGCAGAUAGCGUACGCGCGCGACUUCAAGGAUGCGGAGACGGCGCAUGAGGCGUUCCUGACCUCCCUCGUGGAGCAGUCCUUCCUGGACAUGCGGCCCCUCACCGACAACCUGGAAGCCAUCUACGUCCUCUGCCUGCGCCUCUGCUCCACCGUCCAGCACAAUGCAGAGGCGGUGCAGGCGAGGGAGAGCACGGGAGCGCUUGAUGGCAGGGCCGCAGAGAUCUGCAGUGACUUUAGAAGGCGCACAGCGCAGCUGUAUGUGCUGCUGCAGAGCAACACGCUGCAGGCCCCACAGAGAGUCCCCCACCUGCGUCAGCUGCUGCUGCGCCUCAAUUUCAACCAGUUCAUGGAGCGGGAGGCCGCGGAGUUUGCGCGCAUUGCAGAGAAAGGCCAAAAUGAGGAGAAGCCUGAUAUCCUUGUGAUUGCUGAAUGA